AUGGCUUCCAACACCGUCACGAUCGCCCUGCAUUACGGCAAAAGCUUCACCUCCGUCGCCCUCCUGACCGGGUAUCAUCUCUGCGGUACAGGCGUAUCGGGAAUACUGAUCGUGCCCACCGCACGCGUCUGGGGCAAGCGUCAUCUGUUCCUACUCGGGAAUAUUCUGAUGGUCGCGAGCUGCGCCUGGGCAGGGGCCAGCGCAGGGAAUUAUCAAAGUCUCCUCUGGGCUAGGAUCUUCCAAGGUGUCGCGCUGGCGCCGUUUGAAGCACUAGUCAAUGCCUGUGUUGGGGAUCUGUUCUAUGUCCAUGAACGCGGUAAACGAAUGGCCCUGUCGAAUGUUGCCUUGUUCGGAGCGGCGUUUCUGACGCCCGUGGUGGCCGGCAAGAUCACGCAUACCCUGGGAUGGGAGUGGACCUUCUACUUCGUAGCGAUCUUCGCGGGUGUUGCACUCCCCUUUACUUUCUUUUUCGUCCCGGAGACCGCAUAUCGACGUGCUGGACACAUCAGAACCGAUUUCGAGUACUCGAACGAUCAACCCACCGUGUCUGAAUCCCAGAAUCAACCUUCAAAGAGGGAGGAUGCAUCCUCGCCGCACCAAAGGUCUCGCGAACUGGCCGACGUGCCUGCGAAAGCGUCGUUCCUUCAAACCCUAAAGCCUUUCAAUGGGCGCAAGACGGAUGAGAACUUCUUCAAGCUUCUCCUGCGCCCAUUCCCGCUUUUCUUCCAGCCGGCCAUUCUCUGGGCAUGCUUGAUUCAAGGAGUGAUUAUCGGAUGGACGGUGUUCAUUGGGGUCGUCUUGGCGGCGAUCUUCCUUGGUCCUCCCUUGUGGUUCAACGAGGUCCAGACCGGGUAUCUAUACACCGGUGCUUUUGUCGGCUCGUUAUUAGGCCUGGUGCUGUCUGGAUUGCUGUCUGACUCCAUGAACAAGAUCAUGAUUAAGUUGAAUGGGGGUAAAUAUGAGCCCGAGUUCCGCAUCCUCCUGGUCGUCUUCCAACUCAUCUUCAACGGCAUCGGCCUCUACGGGUUCGGCAUCGUGGCCCAGGAUGUGGGACGGUAUGGAUGGCUGGUGACGGAUGUUUUCUUUGCGUUUGUCAUCAUCGGGAUGGUGAUGGGCGCCGUCGCCAGUGCGCUCUACAUUGUGGACGCCUAUCGCCAUAUCACCAUCGAGGCAUUCACGUGCAUGUUGAUUUUUAAGAACAUGUUCAGCUUUAUUCUCACCUUCUUUGCGUAUGAUUGGCUGGUGUCCAACGGGAUCAGGCCGGCGUUCCUGGCUAUCUCGAGCAUUCAGAUGGCCAUCUGUGUGUUGAGUAUUCCUAUGUACAUUUUUGGAAAGCGGAACCGCUCGUUCUUUUCUCGGCAUGAUAUCCUCAAGGCGCUACAUCUGUGGUGA